GACUGUUACUGUGACGCCGUGAGUCCCCGACUCCACAACAGCGGCCGGCACUCUUCCCCAACUCUGCCCAAAAAUUUGAAAUCCUUUUCGCUUCCAUCUUCACCGACCCCCGAGCACCCUAUCUAGAUGGCGGAUCCACCGCCUGUGCUCACGCUCCUGGUGAAGAAGGGACCCUGCGAGGGGAAGACCGUGCAUCGCCGCGCCGGCGCCACGGCGCUCCGUGUCGGCCGCGUUGCCAAGGGCAACGACCUCUCCGUGGGCGACGCUGGCGCGUCGCAGAGGCAUCUCUCCGUCAAGUUCCUCCCGCCGCCUGCGGCCCGGUGGUCCGUCACCGAUUUAUGCUCCUCCAACGGCACCCUCCUCAACGGUACGCCUCUCGUGGCCACUAUCCCCGCCCCGCUCUCCGACGGGGACCUCAUCAAGAUCGGGGAGGCCACCGUGCUCGCCGUCUCCAUAUCGACCGAGGCAGGCCCGGUACCGGGCGCCGCCGCGACUAGGCGUUCCGCGCGCAACGCAGCAGCCGUGGCGACGGCGGCGGAGGAACAGGUGGCCGCUGUUUCUCGCAGGGUCGGACGGAGGAAGGCCGUUUCGGCUGAAGCCCCCGAAGCUGGGAAUGAAGUGGAGGAGGAAGCUGCACUCCCGACUCGCCGAGGCGGGCGGAGGAAGGCCGUUGAGCCCGCUGGGGUGGAGACGGAAGAGGAAGACGAAGAGGAGGAAGCGGCAAUACCGCGCCGUAGCAGGCCGAGGAAGGCUGCAGCGACGGUUGUCCUUCCGCCACAGCCGCAAAAUAUGAGGUCUACGAGGGCUGCUGCAAGGAGAGUUGAGGUUUUGGGGUGCGAAAACGAUGAGGGAGAAGUGGUGAGGACCGGGUCCGGGAGGGGUCGAGGACGGGUUACAAGGGCAAAUGCAAGGAAUGGUACGGGUGUUACUCCCGGGGAGGAGGAAGACGAGAGUGAGGUGGCUCUGGCCAGAGAUCGGGAAGGGACAGCUGCCGAGCGCAAGGGUGAAGUGGUGCCGGCGGCUGGGAGAGGACGAUCAAAGAGGAGCAGAGGAGGCCGAGGCCGAGGAAGGGCUACGAGGGCAAGUACAAGGAAGCCUGAGGGUGCUAUUGUUGGGAACGAUGAAAAUGAGCAAGAGGAAACGGAUAUAGUUGAUGGCAGAGAACGAUUGAGUGUGUUGACCGUAAAUGAUGGUUCUCAAGAAGAUAAAGUGGCAAAUGAGGUUGAUAAGUUGGAUGGAAACUCAAAGACACCCUUAGAGGAUGAGAAGAUGGUGGAUGUGGAGCAUGCGACAUUGACAGAGAGGACGAUAGAGGGGAGGGUCAAUGCUCAGCAUUCUCCUGCUGACAGUGGUGGUCUGGAAGAAGAGGAGGUGAAGAAUUUGACCAAGGGAGGGGAAAUCGAAGUAGAAAAGGAAUUGAGGGAAAGAGUGUCACCAGAGUCAAAGCUGGAUGGUGUUGGAGAAGUGGAAAAGAAUGACAAGAGGGAAGUUAUUGGUGCCGGUGGAGAGAAAGGCCAUGUGUGGGAGCGCAAAGGAAGACACAGAUUAGAGAAUAUGACAUUGGGGGAGUGGUUUGUUCAAAUCGAGAAAUACCUUCUAGCAAAGAAUGAAGAGGCUGCUGAAAUGGCGAUAUCUGAAGUGCAAGAGAAACACCGGCGGUUUUGUGAACAUGUUAAAACGUUCGAGCUCAAAAAGGGUACUGCUCCUUGAGAUUCCAUGGAUAAUCUGGAAAUAUUUUGGACAGCCUAGUGUUGGAUAAUUUGACACCAUCAGAUAUCACAAUGAAGACAAUAACACUGAAGCGUUGCAAACUGUAGGUUUGUGAUAUAACCAUCAUUAGCAGGGUGGUGACAUUGGAAAUUGUUUAUUCCAGACUUAGGCCUUGUUUGAUAAUCUUGCUAUGGACAUAUGUAUUGGAAACUGGAUACAUAUGCUGUACAAGAAAAUGUAGAGGUCAAAACUGUUUGUGAAAAGAAUAGGGCACCAUGAAAACCGGGCGGCUUUUUUUUGCAUUAUAGGCCCGUUCGGCUUUCACGGAUUCAUGGCCCGGAACGAUGGCUAGUUCUUACUUCAUAGACAGAUUGAUUAUCUAAUUUAUAUAAGAUUUUUUAUUAGAUGUCAGAAUGAUUCCUGGAGUCCAGUCCUGAACAAACGAACAAGGUCGCUGAGCUGCCGGGGUGAGGCCACUGUUCAAGCCACUGGGGUGAAGACACUAUGAUCUUAUCGCUGGAGAUAUAGCAGGGUGCUACAUUUCACUAGCAUUACCGUUUGUAAUUUGAUUCACCCUCCUUUGUACAUAAGAAUUCGUGAUGUUAAAGGUCGGAACAAUAAAGUUCCAUUCGUUGUUUGGC